AUGUACCCGACGUUAUUUGGACGAUCCAUCAUCGAUGUCAUGCCAAGUGCUACAAUAGGUUUUCAAUUCUCAGCAAAGCAGGAGUUCGCUGGCCGCGAGCUUGGUUUCGCCAUGCGGCAGGCGUCUCAGCCUCGUGCUGAGACCAACUUGUUGAUUCGAGCUGCCAAGGAUGGUCACACUGUGGAGCUCGUCCCUCCGAGACUUCUAAAUCUCCAUCUCCCACGGUUGCUUGUGGAGAACUAUGUCCACUGGUAUGACAUCGACAAGAAGUCUGUCGAGUUCCGCUCUCGCAAGGGGCCCUGGGACACCUCCCCGUAA